AAAGGAAAAGAUAAGAUAAAGAUAAAACAGGCUGGCAAGUGGCUAGUGGCAAAGGGGAUAACCGGAUAAGUACAAGCCGUCAUGUUCUUUAACAUGACACGUAGAGAGGGUUAGAGGGUUAGUCCUUGCUGGGCAGUUUCCUUUCCUUUCCUGAAAGGCGGAUACUUGUUUGGUAUCCAGGAAAGUUGUUCUUAGUGGUUUAUGUUGUAAUCAUUUUCAUAAACCAAAGAGAUUAUCAAAAGUCCAAGUCCAACUCGCGGUGCCCAAGACUUGUUAAUCAUACCGGUUGCCCACUAAUAUAUUUUUAUUCCUUAUUAGAGUUACAAUUGCUUACGUUUCUUGACAAUGAUCAAUGAUUAGAGGGGAUUGAUGAUUACCAUCUUUUCUAAAACAUGAACAGGCUUUGUGGCGGCUUGGUUCCAGGAAUUCUACUCUAGAAACAAAAAGCAAGACACGAUAUUCAUGUGCGAAUUUUGCUUACUUCUGUCAGCUCAAAUCACUGACUUGAAACUUCAAACCUUGGAUAGUUUUGAUGAGAAGGAAACAAGAGGAGGCGAUGCCAACAUGACGAUUAACUUUUGUUAAGCAGAAAUGGUUGAAGCAGAACUUGGAUGUGGCGGAUUUACGUAUUAAUUAAAGCCCAAAAGCUUUGAAUAGAUAAAAAACCAAGUUCCAACCCAAUUCUCUGAAGAAGCCCAGCCCCAAUCUUAACCUUUAUCAAAGAAUAUUUGAUCCAGUCAAGUUUGAUUAGGCUAGCUAGCACGCCAGUUGGGCUGCUAUCCUUUUGUUUUAUAUUGUUCUUGUGAUCCAUGGAAACGCGGGCUGCUCCUAAUUCAACACCUUUCUCUUUAUUCGCCGGAAUAGAUUCUGACCAUGAUAAUUGAAAAUGCAAACAACUGUUCCAUAAUUUAAUUAUAGAACGAGAUAAGUCUACCUUUUACACAAUAGAAAUUAUAAAAAGAGAUGUUGAAGUUUAGGACAUGUCUCUUAUUAUGUAGUUGGAACUUGGUAAGUUUCAUCACAUAUAAAAAGAAAGGGUUUCAAUUUGACACAUGUUGAGCAACAACGUAUGAGCAGCACGUUAAACAUAGAUAAACUCUCUCAGUUCCUUGUUCCCGCCAAUCACGUUACAGAUAUGGAGGAUUACUUGAGAAAGAACUUCGCUGUCGAACACAAAAGGCCAUCGGAAGAAGCUCUGAGGAGAUGGAGACGUGCAGUUUCUGUGGUCAAGAACCCUCGCCGUAGGUUUCGCAUGGUUGCUGAUCUUGCUAAACGUGCUGAAGCUGACCGCAAGCGCAUAAACCUCCAGGAAAAGUUAAGAGUAGCUCUUUACGUGCAAAAAGCGGCAUUGCAUUUCAUUGAUGCUGGCAAGCGAGUCCAGUACAAGCUUCCGGAAGAUGUCAGGCAAGCUGGUUUUGGCAUUGGAGCUGAUGAGCUAGCAUUCGUUGUUCACUCCCAUGACAUAAAGAGCUUCGAAGAUCAUGGAGGAGUUGAAGGCUUAGCAAAAAAAGUCUCUGUAUCUCUGACCGACGGUGUUGUUCCAACUAAUAUUCCACUCAGGCAAAAAAUAUAUGGCUACAACCAAUUUGCUGAGAAACCUGCUAGAUCCUUUUGGAUGUUUGUAUGGGAAGCCCUGCAUGACUUGACUUUGAUUAUUCUCAUGGUAUGUGCUGCUGUUUCUAUUGGUGUUGGAAUUGCUACUGAAGGGUGGCCUGCAGGUAUGUAUGAUGGGAUAGGAAUUGUACUCUGCAUUUUCCUGGUGGUAUUGGUCACGGCCAUAAGUGAUUACAAGCAGUCCUUGCAAUUCAAUGACUUGGAUAAAGAGAAGAAAAACAUAGUUGUUCAGGUCACCAGAGAUGGAUGCAGGCAGAAGAUUUCUAUCUAUGAUUUGGUGGUUGGGGAUAUUGUUCAUCUAUCAAUUGGAGAUCAAGUUCCAGCAGAUGGUGUUCUUCUAUCUGGUUUCAGCUUAUCAAUUGAUGAAUCAAGCUUGUCAGGUGAGAGUGAGCCUGUUAAUGUUACUCAACAGAGGCCUUUUCUUCUCGCCGGGGCAAAAGUCCAAGAUGGCUCCGCCAAAAUGUUGGUGACUACAGUUGGUAUGAGGACUGAAUGGGGAAGAAUAAUGGUUACUCUAAGUGAAGGUGGAGAAGAUGAAACACCUCUACAGGUGAAGCUCAAUGGAGUUGCCACCGUUAUUGGAAAGAUUGGUUUGGGUUUUGCUGUCUUGACAUUUUUGGUUCUGACCAUAAGGUUUGUUGUGACAAAGGCACUCCAUGGUGAGAUCACAGACUGGUCUGUGAGCGACGCUCUGAUACUCAUGAAUUUCUUUGCCACUGCAGUUACUAUAAUUGUAGUUGCAGUUCCGGAAGGGUUACCACUGGCAGUAACACUAAGUCUUGCAUUUGCGAUGAAAAAGUUAAUGAGUAAUAAAGCUCUUGUUAGACAUCUCUCUGCAUGUGAGACAAUGGGAUCAGCUACUACCAUUUGCACUGAUAAGACGGGGACUCUGACUACUAAUCAUAUGGCUGUCAAUAAAAUUUGGACUUGUGGACGAACAAUAAAAAUUGAAGGCAACCAAAGUGAGGAAGUUUUGCAGUCCUCAAUCACUGGAGAAGUAUUCAACAUACUUUUGCAGUCCAUAUUUCAAAAUACUGGCGCAGAAGUAGUCAAAGGAAAAGAUGGAAAGAAUAACAUAUUAGGUUCUCCAACAGAGACAGCAAUAUUAGAGUUUGGUUUGCUUUUGGGGGGUGCCUUCAAAAUCCAUAGGAAGGAAUCUGAAAUUCUGAAAGUUGAGCCCUUCAAUUCAGAGAAGAAAAAGAUGUCCGUCCUUGUCUCCCUAUCUAAUGGUGGUGGGCACAGAGCAUUUUGCAAAGGUGCAUCAGAAAUAAUUUUAAAAUCUUGCAAUAAGAUAAUCAAUGCUGAUGGGAAGGCUGAGCCUCUAUCCGGAGAACAGAAGAAGUGCAUCACUGAUGUGAUUAAUGGCUUCGCCUGUGAAGCCCUAAGAACUCUAUGCUUGGCUUUCAAGGAUGUAAAGGACACUUCUAUAGUAGAUAGCAUUCCUGAAGAUAGCUAUACACUGAUAGCUGUGGUUGGAAUUAAGGAUCCUGUGCGUCCAGGGGUCAAGGAAGCAGUGAAAACUUGUUUAGCUGCCGGGAUUACUGUGCGGAUGGUCACCGGAGACAACAUUAAUACCGCUAAAGCUAUGGCAAGAGAAUGUGGAAUUUUGACAGAUGAUGGUUUGGCAAUUGAAGGGCCCGAUUUUCGUGACAUGAGUCCACAGCAGAUGGAGGAGACACUACCAAAACUGCAGGUUAUGGCCCGAUCAUCGCCCUUGGAUAAGCACAAGCUAGUAACCUACUUGAGGAAGGAGUUUAAAGAAGUCGUGGCAGUGACUGGCGAUGGGACAAACGAUGCACCUGCUUUGCAUGAGGCUGACAUUGGACUUGCUAUGGGAAUAGCCGGAACAGAGGUUGCAAAAGAAAAUGCCGAUGUUAUCAUAAUGGAUGAUAACUUCACGACUAUUCAGAAUGUUGCCAGAUGGGGGCGUGCAGUUUAUAUCAAUAUCCAAAAGUUUGUACAGUUCCAGCUUACAGUUAACAUUGUCGCUCUCAUGCUCAAUUUCAUUUCUGCAUGCGUCUCAGGUUCUGCUCCUCUCACGGCUGUUCAGCUGCUGUGGGUGAACAUGAUCAUGGACACUCUCGGUGCGUUGGCAUUGGCUACAGAACCUCCUCAUGAGGGCCUGAUGAAAAGACCUCCUAUUGGAAGGGAUGUAGCUUUCAUCACCAGGAUCAUGUGGAGGAAUAUCAUCGGCCAGAGCAUUUAUCAAUUGAUUGUACUUGCAAUUCUCAAGUUUGAUGGGAAACGGCUUUUGCAGCUUUCUGGUUCAGAUACUACUGCUACUUUGAACACAGUCAUCUUCAAUACCUUCGUAUUUUGCCAGGUGUUCAAUGAAAUCAAUAGCAGGGAUAUGGAGAAGGUAAAUGUUAUCCGAGGCAUCUUUGAUAGUUGGCUAUUCAUUAUGGUGGUGGUCUCUACAGUGGCUUCCCAAAGCAUAAUAGUCGAAUUGUUGGGUACUUUUGCAAACACUGUGCCACUGAGCUGGGACUUAUGGCUGGUCAGCAUCUUACUUGGAGCAGGAAGCCUAAUCGUUGCUGUUAUCCUCAAAUGCAUUCCCGUUGAGAAAGGCAAGGAAGCUGCCACAACCACGAACCAUGACGGCUACGAACCACUCCCGAAUGGUCCAGAUAUGGCAUGAAUGAUCCAGGUCGUUAGAACUGCCAAUACAGGUUCUGACUCGAGGAAAUCAAUUCAAAACGAUGGUCGUAACAUAUAGGCAAAACAAAAUUCUUUCAUUGUAGAGAAAUUCUUAUGAUUCUUUAUUCUUUUGCAAAUUUUAAACCGACUUGACAGCCUUUUUUUGCAGCAAGUCAACAACAAUCUCUUCGUAACCUUAAUCUUGAAAUCUUACCCUAAUAAAUCCCAAUACAAAAUGCUAGAAUGCAAGUUAAAUUC